AUGUUCCGAUCAGCAGCAGAAAUAUCAUCGGACUCAGAUUCUGACUCAGGUUCAGAGGCAAGUCAAAUUCAGGAACGUGGUUCAUCUACUCCUCGACAUCCUCCAGAGAAUCAAUCCCGCGGCUCGAAGAAGGACCAAACCAAGCAAGUUCCGAAAGACUCGGGUUCUGCAGAUGCAGACUCUUCGAUCUCCUUCGGCGAUAGAUCAACAUUACCACAAGAUCUGGCAGGUGUAAAUGCUGAUCAACAUGCGACUGUGAUGACAGCCGCCCUCUUGGAAUUUUACUGUCAGAGUCGAGCAGCAGAUAUUCUCAAUGCCCAACGCGGCUCUAAUAAACCGUUCAGUCGACACAGCCCUGAGGCUCAGUAUCUUGGCAAGAAACUCUACAAAUUCAAAUCUCAGUUCCUGUCGACUCACGGUAUCUUGGCCGAUGGCAUUGACAAAGAGGAAAUGGGGCCAAGUAGGCAGAAUUAUCGGGAUAACCUCGACUUGCUUAGUAUAUCUGCCCUCGAGGAGAUGAAUUUCCAUGAACCUGGUGCACGAUUUUCGAAAAUUAGCUCCGGCGAGGACCGCGCCUUAAUUACAAAGCCUUCUACAAGGAGACCCAGCGUUGAAGAUGUGGAAAGUCCUACUCUGUUCCGGCGGAACACCGAACCAGCUUCAUCAUUUAGGAAACAGCUACCUCCUUCUAAAAAGGUGGAUUUCCUUCCAACCGUUCCCAAUGAGCCAAUGAACUUCCCCAACCCUUCAAUACCUUUGUUUGGCAGUUCGCCUGUAGGGGUUCCUCUUUUCCAUUCUCCAACAGCCCCGCCAUACAACCAGCUGUCAAGAUAUUCCGUCGAAUUCCAGGAACUCAAGAUCUUGGGCCGCGGGUCCUUCGGCGAAGUGUACCACGUUACAAACCAUAUCGAUGGACAAGACUAUGCCGUUAAGAAAAUUCCUCUCAGCCAAAGGCGACUUGAGCAACUGCAAUUUGGAGGUCAAAAUCAGCUCGAGGUUAUCAUGAAGGAAAUUCGAACGCUUGCCCGCCUUGAGCAUCCAAAUAUUGUUCGAUACUAUGGGGCAUGGGUCGAGCAGGCUCAUCACUCUCACCCGCCUUCAGCCGAAUACCACCCUUCUCACGCAGCUUUUGAAAACUCGCAAAACAAUUUGUCAUCUCCAGAUAGCCCAAACGAAUCGAGCAUGGGGAUUGUCUUCGGAUAUUCAGAAAAUUCAAAGCUCGAGUCCGAGUCAAGUUCUCUGCCUGAAGAUCAUAGCUUUACCGAGAGCGUUCAUCGCUGGGAUAGCCACGGGACAGCCUCGUCCAAUCAGUCCAAGAAAAGCUCCCGAAAGGGAUUGCAUGAGGAAGAUGAUGAAAUUGAAUCCAUUCCCCGUACCUUCCAUGGGAACACUUCUGUUGGACAAACAUCUACUUUCGGAGAAACCGACGACAUCUUUACUGAUGGUUUGAGCCAAGAUCAGUCUAAGCUUCAAGUUCAACCCCGUUACCGGCCCGGUCAGCAACCCCCCGCGGUUAUUCUUCACAUCCAAAUGUCACUCCAUCCUAUUUCACUCGGCGCAUACCUAAACCCUCAAGCCGCUCCGAAGUACGAUGAACUUUCACUCGCCAGACGCCACUGCUUCCACUUACUGCCCUCGCUGAAUCUCGUGAUGGACAUUGUUUCGGGUGUAGAGUACCUGCACUCAAAAGGAAUCGUGCAUCGUGACUUGAAGCCUGCAAAUAUCUUCCUUUCUGCACCAGAUAGCAGCACAACAGGCACAUGCAAUACUUGCAGCUCCAGUGAAGCUUCUCCCACCCAGUUCUGCUGUCCUCGCAUUGGAGAUUUUGGUCUCGUGGCCGACAUUUCUCACAUCAACAAGCCUUCUCAGGGCACUGUGACACCAUAUCGAGAGGGGCCAAAAAUACAGCGGGUAGUUGGAACCGAGUUCUAUCGUCCUCCAGCCAAUCUGUCUGCGUCUCCAAGCGACCCGAGCUCAUCAGUGGAUUACUUUGACGAAUACAAGAUCGACGAAAAGCUCGAUGUUUACGCGCUUGGCGUCAUUCUUUUCGAGACUAUCUAUCGUUUAAAUACGAAGAUGGAGAGACAAUUUGUCUUGAGUGAUCUGACUCGCGGGUCAGGCCAGGAUCCAGCUGAGCGCACCAUUUUCCCUGCGGACUUCGCCGCCAAGAUCGAUCAUGGCUCGACUGUGCUGGACAAUGGAACAUCAGUUGCGGAUUAUCUCAUGACAUGUAUCAAAAGAAUGUUGGAACCCAAAUCGAAGAAGCGGUGGAACUGCCAGGAUGUCAAGGAGCAUUUGUGGGCGAUGAAGAAAGCCGUUUGCCGAUUCGAGGAAACGCAGGGCACGCAGACAUGA